AGAUAUUUCACUAAUCUUUAUAUCAUCAAUCACAACGAAUCAUAAUUAAUUGCUGCAAUGAAAAUAUUUCUGAAGACGCUAUUCCCCAUUUUGUUUUUACGUGGUGUUUCCAGCAGCGAAAUAAUUAAAUUCGAAAAUGAAAACCAUAUUUUGUGUGUCACAGAUGACACACAAUCACUGGUCUAUGUAAAACCACCAUUAGUAACGAAAACGAGAAAUACAUCAAUUUUAAUUGAAAACGACGUAAUAUGGGAUGACUGGUCUUUAAAAUCGUCGACAGAAGUCGUAGUACCAGCUGUUAAGGAUAAAAGAUGGGAAGAUCUACAAACGAGCUACACUGAUUCUUUCCAUUACGAAUCAGUGUCAUCCAUAUCAUACUCAGUACCUGGUGGGACUAAACUCACCGCAGUCGUUAGUGAUCCUCCAUCAGCUUUACCAAAAAGAACAAGGGAUAUUUCCAUCGACUGGAUUCACUACACCACCAUGCCUAAAGUGAAUGAAAAUGCAACUGAAUUUGCGCAAUUUCAAAUUAAUGUUACUUCUUCGGAGAAAACUUACUUUAAAAUACAUGAUUAUAAACUGAGAUGGGCCGACACUGUUUCAGAAACACCGACACGUAUAUUGAUCUCUCAAAAAGAAACGUCUUGUUUUAUGAUCUACGGUUAUGUUUGUUAUUAUUGUACGUUACAAGUUAAUAUAACAGGCCAACGUGUACAGUCCUUCUCUGGAAAAAGUCAAAAAUCCCUCCAAAGUCGAUGGCAACAUCUUAAAUAUGAACCGAAAACUGAUGUUGAGAUAAAGUUCUGGAGGGAAACCACAAAUGGAGAUGUUACAGGACAGUGGGCAGUGGAUAUUAGACAGUGUCCACCUACGAUAAACAGCAAAACAAUUUAUGAGGUAUCUUUGGAAGACGAUGUGCAACAAGGGGAAGAACGUCGGUGCGUUUCUGCUAGAACAAUAACGAAGCAAAACAAUAUUAGACAAUUUCCAAGUGUCAAAAUAAAGGACGAUGCAUUUAGUUGCAAUCCUGGAACCGUAGGAAGGAACUGUGAUAUUAACUGCACAAAUUUCUUGGGAUCAGAUAAAAGUUAUUGUGAGCAACAUCAAAUCUGUGAUGAUACUUACUCAGUUUCUGAAUGUUUUUGUUCUUGGGGUUACGAAGGAGGAACAUGUAAUAAAACGUGCUCGAAAGGAAAAUGGGGUUUAUCUUGCCGCGAUACAUGUAAAAAUUGUGAUGUGUGUAAGGCGAUAACUGGACAGUGCACUAAUGCCUCACUAAGCAAUUUUAGGACAGCCGCCGGUCUACUUCUUUUGGGAAUGAUAUUUAAAUUUUUGUAACAGUAUGUCAAACUUGUAUUUGUAAAACUAAAUAUGCAUCCAUGUGUUUUAGUAAUAUAACUCUGAAUAAACUAAUCAAAUAUUUGUGGUAA